UAUAGGGUAUGUUCUUGGAAGAAACUAGAAUUCAUAAAAGAACCACCGGCACUGCUCGAUAUUGUGCUGAUGCGCGGGAUUUAUAUUUAUGAUUUUUGGCGGGGUUGGUUCCUCUCUCGUUAACAUCAGCCUUGGGAUGCACAACGAAUUCUGCUACUCCACGAGAGUCCGUUUGGAGUAUACCUGAUAUUCUCUAGGGAAAAAUGUUUGACAAAAUGUCUGCCUAUAAUUAUACACUACUUCCACCUGGACAUAAUACCAUUCGCAUGCUUCGCCUCUUACCGAAUAAAAACCGGGCUGCUCUAAUUGAAUGUGAGCUCAUUGAGCACCCCCUCAAAGAACAAGAGGAGCAAGCCUACGAAGCCCUGUCAUAUGUUUGGGGCUCCACAGAAAACCCCUCUUCGAUAUGCGUUAACAGCUACGCCCUGGAAGUCACGGCAAACUUACAUGCAGCGCUGUCGCGCCUUCGAUAUGAACGGUUCCCGAGGCUGCUGUGGGUCGAUGCUAUAUGUAUCGACCAGAAAAGCAAUACAGAGAAAGAACGGCAGAUUCAAUUGAUGGCCAGAAUUUAUGGGCAAGCUAAAAAUGUUAUCGUUUGGCUUGGAGAAGAAGAGAAUGAUAGCACUUCGACGCUAGCGAGAUUACAAGUCGCUGCGGAAGGCGAGCGUCUGUUGGAAGAAAUCAAUGAUACGGCACUUAUAGCACUCUUGGAACGCCCUUGGUUCCGGCGGGUCUGGGUUCUUCAAGAGGUUGGAGUUGCUCGGUCGGUCCUGGUCAAAUGUGGCCCUAUGGAGAUGAAUGGCUAUGCAUUUUCCUCGGGUUUGCGCGGUAUAGAGGACUUUAACAACAGAUGUCCGAGGCUGCAGAGUUUGAUCAAUUCCGUACGCCCAGUCACUUAUCUCUUAGGAAGAGCAAUAUUCCGUCCAGGUCAAAGUGUACUGCACGAGAGGAGACGCCCUCUGGGCGAGUUACUUGAUAUGUACCAUUCCCACAAGGCCACCAUACGCCAUGAUAAAGUGUUUGCCCUUCUUGGUAUGUGCUGCGAAAACCUAGAGGCAGCGGGCUUGUUGCCUCACUAUGAGGUCCCUUGGGAACUCCUCUUCCAGCGAAUCAUUAGGCAUGUUCUGUCUCAAAGGGUAUCGAUCGAAACUUGGCCCGAUAAAGAGUUAGCGUUGAUCAAGGGUAUGGGUUAUAGCUUAGGGAGGGUAUCUGCAGCGUACGGAGACAGAUCUCGAUUUGACAGACAGCAUGUGCACAUUGACUUGAUCAACUCGAUGCAAUCGCUUCAGCGCAUCAAGGAUUCGAGAAGUCACUGUAGUCAUUACGUCAAACGAGGCACAGUUAAAUGGACCGUGCGGGUCUCAGCACAGGCCGUCAAGCCUGGGGAUAUUGUCUGUUUCAUACAAGGGGCAUCCAAGCCGAGCAUUGUCAGGCCAUUCAAAGACUAUUUUAAUAUCAUCAUAAUAGGAGUAACUCCUCUAUAUGUCGAAAAUGGUGAAACCUUUCGAGAAGAUUCUUUACCGUCAGAGCAUCCAGACCCCCUUGACGACUUGGGACGGGAAUCAAAAUACGACUGUCUCCAGGGGCUUUUGCUCAUCUGGAACUGGGGCCGACCCUCAGACCAUCCAAACCAGCAUGAUGCAGUUACAACAGCACCAUGGUAAAUGGCUUGAUACCAGGGACUCUGAAAACCGAAUCGGACCAAGCAAAGAGAGUGAUAAUGUGUCAGCAAUGCCAUUACGAAGCAUUAGGGCCACUCCGCAAUCUAUUAGAUGAACAUGGAUAAGUGUACUGUGCAACAAUGCAAGAAGCUUUGCAGAUGAAAUGCCUGGGCAUUCUCGCGCUUAUAUACCGCAAGACACACCUUU